AACGCCUAAAAAAUGGUGUUCUCAAAAUAGUUCGACAUCCAAAGCCCAAGUCCUCGCCCUCGGUAACAAAACCUCGCACCCCGCUUACUAAUCCAGCCCAAUCAAACCUUGAACCACUAACAACGGCCUUCAACUGCACGUCAGAAAAUCAUAAGACAACGAAUUUCAAUCCGCAUAGCUUCGUCAACACCAACGUCCUCACAACUCUCCACUCUCCUAAUGUCGUCCACGUCACUGCUGCGCAUCGCUGCGCGCGCCCAGCCAUCUACCCUCUUUCGAACCAAUGGCCUCCGCAGCCUGACUCCUCGUACCUUCGCUGCCGGCCCUGCUGCCCUCCUUGCUACCUCGGGCUCGGGUGUCCACAGCUUCAGCACAACUGCUGCACGUCUUUCGGGGGAUCCUCAUGGGGAGGAAAGCUUUGAGGAGUUUACUGCUAGGUAGGCGCCUUUCCAAUGCUGCGGGGCGGGAGAGAUAUGAGGGUUCUUUGGUGACCUUGUUGAAACGGAUGGACGGGAAUGGGAGGAAGCGUUUGGAGGGCCAAUUGCUAAUUAGUGGGUGUGGGGUGCAGAUUUGAGAAGGAGUUUGAUCAAGUGCAGGAUGUUUUUGAGCUUCAGGUAUGCUUUACCCCCAACCCUUAUCUAUUUUGGGAGCUGGGAGAGUAAUGAGAGUGGGUUUGGCUAAUUAUCGUAUGAUUGAUAGCGAAAUCUUAACAAUGCCUUUGCAUACGAUCUCGUUCCUUCCCCUUCGGUUCUGGCUGCUGCUUUGAAGGCUGCGCGAAGGGUUAACGAUUAUCCUACUGCGGUGCGAGUAUUUGAGGGUACGUACGCCUUAUCCUAUAUCUGAAAGGCAGAGGAGGGGUCGCGAAAUCCAUAUUAGGAGCUUGAGAGAUGGAGAGAGGGGCCGGGCUGACUGCGUAAAUAGGAAUCAAGGCAAAGGUCGAGAACAAGGGCCAAUACGAACAAUACCUCGAGGAAUUAAAGCCGCUACGGGAAGAAUUAGGUGUUAACUUGAAAGAGGAGUUGUUUCCCGAACAGAAGUAGAGGAGAUAAGUGAUUGUAUUAUGGCGGAAUCAUAGAUGAGG